AUGGCCACCAAGUCAACUUACGACAGAAGCAACCUUACCAGUGUUGACGGCCUCAUAGCUGUAGUGACUGGUGGCGGGACAGGUUUAGGUCUCAUCAUCGCUAGGACGCUGGAAGCCAAUGGAGCUACGGUCUUCAUCACUGGCAGACGUCAGGACAAGCUAGACGAGGCCGUGAAGUCAGCACAACAUGGCAGGAUCCACGCAAUCCAAGGCUCCACAACGUCGCACGACGACCUUCAGCGGGCAGUUGACUUCGUUACGGAGAAGACCGCAUACAUAGACUUGCUGGUGAACAACGCUGGCCAAACCACAUUUGACAGCAGCCCAAAUGCGAGACCUAAGCCGACGGGUCAGUCUUCCGUCGCAGAGAUCAGAGACUACUAUUUCAACUACCGUCCGCAAGAGCUGUGGCGGGACACGCUGGAAACCAACAUCGCCGCUGUCUUCACUACGUCUAUGGCAUUUCUGGAGCUACUCGAUGCUGGCAACAAGCGGAGAGCGAGCGAGCUACCGAAAAGUCAAAUCAUUGUCAUCGGAAGCACCGGCGGGCUCACAAGGUUCACCGACAGCUUCAUAUACAAUGCUUCGAAGAGCGGCGUCCACCAUUUGAUAAAAAACCUGGGAGGCUUCCUUGUGCCCCACGAUAUCCGGACAAAUAUCAUCGCUCCAGGCUGGUUCCCUUCUGACAUGACGGCCGCUGUGUCCAAAGCAUACGAGUCCACUGGAGGCGUCAUGCCUCGCGAGUUGGUGCCUCAGCAGAGGAUGGGCAACCCGGACGAGCUUGCUGGGACAGUGCUCUACCUGGCAUCCAAGGCUGGUGGAUUCUGCAACGGCGCCACGCUGGUGAUAGAUGGCGGAUUCUUACAGAAUCAUGCUGGACCAUAA